GCCUGAUUAAAUGUGUGCCAUAAAUUUGAAUAAAUUACCAGCUCCAAGAAAAAACGAAAUUUAUGUGCUGCGCUAAAUUACAAUUACAAAAACUGUUGAUUUAAUAUUAUCGCAACAGCAACAGGGCAACAACAACAACAUGCAACCAGAGCGGCUACAUAGUUGAGACGUAUGAAAAUGCGUCCCCACAACAACAGCAGAAACGGCAACAACACCAACAAAAAUAGCGGACACAUCAAUUUCAGCUGGCAAAGGCAACUUAAUUAAAAGUCAUUGGCCAGUAGCAAUUUUAAGCUGUUGUUUGUUGAAAUUAAUUGGAAUUUAUUUGGGUGCUCGUCGAAAACAAAUUCGGUCACAUUUUUUUAAUGCUGUCACACUGAACAAUUGACACACACACCUACCCAGUCACCCCCACACACAACAGAGUGUACGAAAUGGUGUUCUGCGUUGCAAAAUGCAUGCUGAUGCUGCUGCUAAUGGCCUGUGAGCUGUGCCAAGCGCAGCAACAACAGCAACAAUUGCAGGAGCAGCGGCAACAAUUGCAGCUACAACAAGAGCAACAGAAACAUCAACAUUUGAAGCUACAACACGAGCAAGAACAGCAACAAUUGGAGCUACAACAAGAGCAGGAGCAACGAUUGCAGUUACAAUACGGGCAACAACAGCAACAGCAACAACAAAAAUGGCAGCUACAACAAGAGCAACAGAAACAACAACAUUUGCAACACCAACAGCAACAAUUGCAGCUACAUCAAGAGCAACAACAACAGCAGUUGAUGAUGAAGAGCCGGAAAAGCGCAACACAGCAAUUAAAGCUGUUGCCAGGUAUAGAUGGGGGGACAAUAAUGACGGUGAGAAGUCAAAGUUCAAAGCUGGCCGCGUUAGCCUUAAGUGGCAAUUUGAAUGCAGCGACUACAGCAGCGCCAGCAACGAAAACAAGAACAGGCGCUAUAAAAAAUGAUGAGGGUCAAGCCGAGGCAGCUGUUGCCGCUGGAAAAAAACUAAAACUGCCUGCAACAGAAUUGAGAAAAACAGCAGCAAUAUUGCAACCAUUGACAACAGCAGCAUCAGCAACACAUACAAAAAAUAUCUCAUACGCAAUGGCGGCCACAGCAAUCCCACUGAAAACUAAACGCAUUGCGCCCACAGCAACAUCGACUGCAAUAGCAAUAACAACAACAAUGUUGGCCACAGCAACAACAAAUGCAACAGCUGUGGACAACACAAAAGUCAAAUUAAAUAUAAUACAAACUAAAGCAACUGCAAAUGCAACAUUGCUGAACGCAGAAGCCAUCAUAAAGGCAAAUAAUAAAAGUAAUUCGCAAACAGCAACAACAGCUGUUGGCGCAGCAGCAACAGAAAAACCAACAGCAACAGCAACAGCAGCAAUUGAAGGUAGGCCGCGCUGGCAGGGGGCCACAAACUUGUCGCAACUGAAUGCCAAUAUAUUGAGUAAUCCGCUGGCCAGCAGCGCCCCGACAUCUGCCUCCGGGUGGCCAGUAAAACAUGCCGCCGUGCUCGAGGGCGACGUGAUACUCGGUGGCCUGAUGAUGGUACAUUCGCGGGAGGACAGCAUUACUUGUGGCCAGAUCAUGCCGCAGGGCGGCAUACAAGCCCUGGAGGCCAUGCUCUACACACUGGACCAGGUAAACAAGCAACAACUGUUGCCAAAUGUAACGCUCGGCGCACAUUUACUGGAUGACUGCGACAAGGAUACGUAUGGACUGGAGAUGGCUGUCGAUUUCAUAAAGGGAUCCAUUAGUAACAUUGACGAUGCCGAAUAUCAUUGCAACAAGACCCAAGUGCGAAAGGUGAUAUCGGGCGUGGUUGGUGCUGCUUCAUCGGUGACAUCCAUACAGGUGGCCAAUUUGCUGAGAUUGUUUCGGAUACCGCAGGUCUCAUAUUUCUCAACCAGCCCGGAGCUGAGCAACAAGCAGCGCUUUGAGUAUUUCUCACGCACCAUUCCCUCCGACCACUACCAGGUAAAGGCCAUGGUUGAGAUUGUCAAGAGCAUGGGUUGGACCUAUGUUUCGAUUAUCUACGAGGAAAGCAACUAUGGCAUCAAGGCAUUUGAGGAACUAGAAGAGUUGCUGGCACGCCAUAACAUUUGUAUUGCCAUUAAGGAGAAGCUCGUCAAGGAUUCGGGAGUGGCUGAGGAUAUUGCAUACGAUAAUAUUGUGCAGAAGCUGCUCACGAAACCGCGCGCUAGAGGAGCUAUCAUUUUCGGCUCCGAUCAGGAAGUGCGGCAAGUGAUGCGGGCGGUGAGGCGUGCGAAUGCAACAGGCGCCUUCUCCUGGAUUGGCUCCGACGGCUGGAGUGCACGAAAUCUCGUCUCGGAUGACUAUGAGCCAGAGGUGGAGGGAACAUUGUCUGUGCAGCCGCAGGCGAAUCCUGUGCGUGGCUUCGAGGAAUAUUUUCUUAACCUGACCGUGGAGAAUAACCAGCGCAAUCCCUGGUUUGUGGAAUUCUGGGAGGACCAUUUCCAAUGUCGCUAUCCGGGCAGCACCAGCACACCGUACAACAAUUACACUCGUACCUGCACCACCAAGGAACGCCUAUCCCGGCAGAAUACCGACUUUGAGGAUCAACUGCAGUUCGUUAGCGAUGCGGUGAUGGCAUUUGCCUAUGCCUUGAGGGACAUGCAUCGCGAUUUGUGCGGCGGUCGUCCGUCCCUCUGCGAUGCCAUGAAGCCGACCAAGGGUGCUGAUUUGCUCAAAUAUUUGCGUAAGGUUCAAUUCAAGGGCCUCAGCGGCGAUGAUUUUCGCUUCGACGGCAACGGCGACGGGCCCGCGCGCUAUAACAUCAUCCACUUCAAGCAGUCUGUGGCGGGUCAGUACCGCUGGGUCAAGGUGGGCGAGUACUACGAGGGCGAACUGCGCCUGAACAUGUCCGAGGUAAAGUUCAAGCUGUUGCAUCCCACGCCACCGGAAUCCGUUUGCAGUCUGCCCUGCGAGCGUGGUCAGGCCAAGAGAUACGUUGAGGGCGAGAGCUGUUGUUGGCACUGUUUCAAUUGUACGACUUAUCAAAUACGGCAUCCGGUUGAUGAAACUCACUGCCUCGUUUGCAAACUGGGCACCCUGCCCGAUGCUCACAAGCAGUACUGUCGUCCCAUACCGGAGGUUUACCUUAGACCCGAGUCCGCUUGGGCCAUUGGCGCCAUGGCGUUCAGUGCGACAGGCAUAUUGAUAACCUUCUUUGUCGUGGGCGUGUUUGUCAGGCACAACGACACGCCCAUUGUGCGCGCAUCUGGUCGUGAGCUGAGCUACAUACUCCUGGCUGGCAUAUUUAUGUGCUAUGGUGUAACCUUUGCCCUCGUGCUGAAGCCAACGAACAUUGUCUGCGCCAUUCAGCGCUUUAGCGUGGGCUUCUGCUUCACGGUUGUCUAUGCCGCAUUGUUGACCAAAACGAAUCGCAUAGCGCGCAUCUUCAAGGCUGGCAAACAGUCAGCCAAACGGCCCUCAUUCAUUAGCCCAAAAUCGCAGCUGGUGAUUUGCACGUGCCUAGUCUCUGUGCAGAUACUCAUUAAUGGCGUUUGGAUGGUAAUUGCCCCAUCACACGCUAUGCAUCAUUAUCCGACACGCGAGGAUAAUUUGCUGGUGUGCGACUCCUACAUAGAUGCCUCCUACAUGAUUGCGUUCUUCUAUCCCAUUCUCCUGAUUGUGGUGUGCACCGUUUAUGCUGUGCUUACCCGCAAGAUACCCGAGGCUUUCAAUGAAUCUAAGCAUAUCGGCUUUACCAUGUACACCACCUGCGUCAUUUGGCUGGCCUUUGUGCCACUGUACUUUGGAACUGCCAAUCACGUGCCGCUGCGAAUAACGAGCAUGUCGGUGACAAUUAGCCUGUCCGCCAGCGUGACGAUUGCGUGUCUGUUCUCGCCAAAGCUCUACAUAAUACUCGUUCGACCGGAGCGUAAUGUGCGCCAAAGCAUGAUGCCCCCGCGUUAUGGCAACAUGCAUCGCACCGCGGGCACUGGCCCAUCCUCAAUGAUGGCCGCUGCGGUUGUGACUGCCGCCACCUGUGCACAGGAGGAGAAAUUACAAAAACAUAUCACGCCCACUGAAACAGAGCACUCGAUUAAGGCAAAAAAAUUGUGCGAAAUGGCCACACAGACGAUUGCGUUAUCUAGCAUAUUUGCGUCCCUCGACUGCAAUGCUUACAACCAAAUUCCGUAUGCCGAUCAAUACGUGCCAAAUAAUACAACCACGGCCACACCCACUGCCAAUGGCACUAGCACUGAGCCAACCGACGAGCAGGUUGUGGCCAACAACAACAAAAUCAAUCAGCAGCAACAUGGCCAGGCCAAUGUUGUUGUGGUAGUCAGCACGGCCAACAAGCACAUGGCCAGCAGUCCAUUAGCAACACCAACAGCAUCAACACCAAUAUCAGCAACAGCAACAGCAACAGCAGCAACAACGACAACAGUAGAAACAACAACAACGGCGACAACGGCAUCGACGGUUUCGGUUAGCGCAACGGAUGCAACAUCCGCUACGGAAGUUGUGCCCACGGCCACAUCAAACGGCAGCAGACGAGCGCCGGUGCUGCAGACCAAUUUAUAGCUAAACGCACAGCAACUGCAACAGCAGCUGCUAAGGGAGCAGCAACGCCAGCAACAGCAACAGCAACUUGAGUGCUUCAAUCCAGUUCAAGCGGAUCAAGCACAACUGGCAGCGAGUGAAGUUGCCGCCAGCAACAACAUUGGCAGCGAUGUUGCAAGCACUGGCAGUAGCAACGGAAGUGCCACAACGAUCGGCAACGGAAGCGGCAAGAAGCGCUCCGCAAUUCCAGUUUAAGCUGUGGUCAGCCAUAGGCCGCAGCUAAAGGAUGAGUGAGGGUAUCUUUAGAUAGAAAUCUUAAAAUGCAUACAGAGCGAUCCAAAGACAGGGAAUGCAAGGUUGAAUUUUUCAAAUAAUAUAAAGAGUAUUAUUUUAUAUAGUCAUCAUUUAUUUGCAAGGUUGUAUGUACAAAAAGUAAAAAAAUAUUCUUCUAUAUGUAUUUUUUUAUAUUAAAUACUUUUUUUUUAUAGUGCUAAAUAUCUUAAAAUUGUAUAAAAUAAAUACAUAUAUAAAUUUUAGGUUUUUCUUUUUAUGGAUUCGACUUUUAUAUUUUUAAUUUAAAUGUUAUUGUUUGCUUUAGCGAUACAUAAAUUACAUUUCUAUCGAGAACGAUAUGUACAAAUUAAUUAAUUUUCAUAAUUUGUGUGCUUUAUUUUCAUUCGCUGAUUUCAUUAAGCUUUAAGCAUUUAAUGCUGUUUUUUUAGUCGCGAAUAAUUGUUAUUAGACAACCUCCCUGCCCUGACUGCAUCGCCACUUGAAAGAUACAUUGUGAAAAAUCUGUUGCGCAAAAAAAAAAAAAACAAGUUGCAACAAUUUUAGCAAUAACCCCAACGAAGAGUCAAAAAUAAUUGUCAGCCACAUUUAAAUGUAUAAUUGCGAAACGUUUUAAAUGUUUUAUCUUUAAGCUUAACUAGUUAUAGAGCAUGGGGUUUGUUUGCAAUCGCAGCAAAGAUUACCAAAAAGAAAAAAAAUGUGAUAUAAUUUCAAAAAUGUGUGUGUUUCUGAACCCAAAACUAAAACUUAUCUUGUAUUUGUACUAACUGUUAGGCUAAGUCGUAACCUAAGUAACAACUUGCGCACUCGAGUGAAUUUUUAUUUUGGUGUGAUUAUGUUACAAAGGGGUUGCAUGCAGCACAUGCAACACACCCGCAACCCCCUUGUAACGUAGCGGCAAUGACGGCGCCUUAACAAUUGCGUUUACUAUGCUGCUUGAGCCCAGCAACAUGGUAGAUUUAAUUGUUAAGUGGAUAAAAAGGCGUCCAGAGCCAACAUUUAAUUGUAAGCGAGCUGUACAUAUACAAACUUACACGUAUAUAUACAUACCUAAAAUAGCAUAGUUGUAUGUUCUUUUUGUGUAUUCGUAAUUAUUGAAUGUGCUGCAGUUUAGCAUUUCUACCCCUUAUAACAAAAUACUUAAUAUAAGUUGAUAUGAAGAGGUGAUAAGGAAAACCCGCAAAUAAAAUUAAUUAAAGUAAACAUUACAAAAUUGAAAAAAAGUCUAGCCAAAUUAAAAAGUGUUUAAUUGUUAGCAAAAUGCAUGUGUAUUAAAUAUUCUGUGUGUAUUAAAUGUAUAAAAUAUACAAAAUUAAACAAGAAAAUUCAUAUGAUAAUACAAGUCAUAUUUACACAUAUAACUGAAUGUCUCUGAAAAUUAAAAUACAUGAAAUUAUAUAGUAUAUAUAUGUAUACAUACGUAAAUUAAAUACCGAUAAAUCGUGUUGGGUGGCAUAUAUUUACGAGAACUUACAAAGCAUUAAACAAAGAACUAUCAAUAAAAUACUAACUAAUUCAA